AUGUAUCUAAAGGCAUACUCGACUUUUGAGUUUACAAAUGUUAUAUGCACUUCCAUGGAGGAAUCAUUUUCAACAUUCGAGUAUUGCUAUCUGAAGUCCGUAAAUCGAACAUACAAAUAUGGAUCCUUGAAAGUAAAACUUCUCAAGUUGCCUAUUCACAAAAUUAAAGUAAAUUUUGCGUUGUAUCAACGAUUAAACGGAUAUAAGCCAUUCCUUUACAACGUCUCUGUGGAUGCGUGCAAAUUCUUGUUAAAUCAAAAAUCUUCUCCAGUGACGGCGUUUAUUUUCAAUCUUUUCGCUCCCUAUUCCAACAUGAAUCACAGGUGUCCCUUUGACCAUGACAUCAUUGUGGACAAAGUGCCUUAUUCUUAUAUAAACUACCAAUUGACAAAAAUAUUGCCAUUUCCGGAAGGUGACUAUGGAUUCUAUAGCAUUUGGUAUGCAGAUGGAAUAAAACGCGCAACCGUAAAUGUCUACGGCACACUAUCGUACCGUAAUACUAGAAGAAUUCCAAAAUAG